CAUCAUGGUAUUUGGGGAUUCCUGGAAAGUCUAUUUAAAAAAUAUUUUUCUUAGGUUUAAGAGCUGUCUCCAGCGCCAAAUACAGGAAAGGUUAAAUUUACUUAAAAUUCGAUUUGUAAUCAGUGCAUUUGCAACGGCUUUGGGUGUGUAAAAUUCAAACAAGCCGUGAAUUUACGCUGUUGGUGGCACGGGUGGUGGGGGGUUCCGAUGUAACGCACCAAACUGGCGACAACAUUGGUUGCCACAUUUUGGUGGUCUCGAACAUCCAUUGCACCUUUGCGCAACAGCCGCUUCUCCGCCGAGAGGUCCUCACCGUGCACAAAGGCAGCUUCCGACAGGGCAGCGUCAGCGCGAGCGGCGAGAGAAACACCCUCCGGACCGCGUCCAACCAUCCGAACUUGAGUUCACCGCGUGAGUGUUGUUUUUGAAAAGUUUGUAAAAGGGGCCUCUGAGAUGGAGGUUACUAAGACUGAAGAUCAAGGAAGCUUGACUAGUGACAAAUGCUGCCAGACCGAGACACUUCAACACUGCUGUUGCCAAACAACAGAAGCCCCUCAAGAGCCUUGUGGCCAAAAUCCAGUGCAUUCAAUUGAGCCUGGUGAUCCACCACUGCUUCAACAGCAGCUCCAGACAUCCAAGUCAGGAAUUCAUCAGAUCAUUGAGUGUUUUCGCACAGGUACCACUCAACUCAGACACAUGCUGUUGAAAGAAGUUGACACCAUAUUUGAGUGCAGACUCUGUCGUAGUCUGUUUCGUGGUCUACCAAAUUUGGUCACACACAAGGAGUUCUACUGCUUUUCCCGGCAACCAGAGUCAGAUGAGCCCUCAGAAGGUGGGCAGUGCCAGGCCAUCAAAGAUCUUCUUCUAGCUAUCUAUCCACAGAAAGACAGAGAGGAGCAUGUCAUUCAGCUUGACGUCAUUGAGACCAACCCCAAUGCUGUGUUCCAGCAUGUAUCACCAGUGGAUGUUCAGGACAUACCCAAUACCCCUACCACCCAAAGGGAAAUCCCAUUACCUGAGAAAAAAAACCGGCGCAAAUCUAUUUUGGCACCCAAAAAGGUCCAACAGUCAGAUAAUGAUGACGAUAUGGAAACCGAAUCAGAAGAGCCACCUCCUCAAGAAGGUCCAAGCUCUGAAGAGCCAGCAAUGCUUGAACAGGGAGAAGCAGAGGAAGAUGAAGAGGAGGGUGCCACCACUGAGAUAAAGGAGAUGAGGAUCUCUUGCUGCCUUUGCGGCAAAGACUUUGGCUCCAGGCGCAGCGUACGCCGGCAUUGCCGCAAAAUGCACUGGCAGAGGCUGGAGGAGUUGCGCAAAUAUACUGAGACACGCACAGUUCCCAUUAGCUUGCUGUCUGUCGUGAAGGACAAACGUCCUGUAGACCCGCCACCAUCUCCUGGGAAAAGCUGCCCAGUGUGCAAAAAGUCCUUUGCGACCAAAGCUAAUGUCCGACGGCACUUUGACGAGGUCCAUCGCGGCUUGAAGCGUGACUCGAUCACGCCAGACAUCGCCACAAGACCUGGCCAGCCUCUUUUACUCGAUGCUCCUCCUCCGUCGCCACCGAAACCUCCAAGCUCUCCUCAGAAGCAAGAGCAGAGACAAAUCAACCUGACGAAUUGCCGCUGCCAGCUGUGCAAAAGGAAGUACAGCUCCCAGUUGAUGCUUCGUAGGCAUAUGCGCAUUGUCCACAAGAUACACGUGCUAGAAAACGGCACUGUCACCAGCUCCGUCCUCUCGAAACUAAAGGCUAAAACAAAGCAUGAGGAAAAAGAUAAGGUUAGCGUGAAAAAAAACUCUCUCUCCUCUUUCAAAGACCGUAAGAAGAGUGCCUUAUCAAAGACAAAAAAGACAAAAGCCACAGGGGACAAUGGAGACCACAGUGUGGGUUUUGACUUCAAGAGGAUCUACUGCUGGUUGUGUAAACGUCAGUUCAGCACUGGGCAGAACCUGAAAAAGCACAUUUCUGAGCUGCACACAGAUGGGAGUGACAGCAUCUACAUCAAGUUCUACCGCUGCCCCAUGUGCAGGUAUGAGUCGCGUCGCAAGCGUGAUGUCAUUCGCCAUAUUACUGUGGUUCACAAAAAGUCAUCUCGCUAUUUGGCCAAGGUCAUGCCAGCUUUGGAGAACCAGGCAGUGAAGAAGCCAGCCGAGGCAGUCUUAAGCAACACAACGAAGAAAACAAAUUCAAAAGACGACGGUAGCGGGACGCAUACCACAGAGAACAGUUACAAGCAAGAACCACCAGAAUCCCCCAACGUUCGUGAACAAGAUCCUCUUCCCAAAACAAAGAAACAAGAAUCCUCAACAUCCCCCAACACUCGAAAGCAUUCUGCUCUUACAUUGCUUAACACAGAAAAACAUGAUUCUCCACUUACCCCAAACUCAUGUAGACAAGAAAAGAACCUUCCAGAGUCCAAGAACCCUCAUGUCACUCGUAGUCAUAAUAUUACCAAGGGGCCGCCCAUCACCAGGAGCCAAGAGACUUGCAGUGAGGUUAGGGUAACGAAAAACUUUUCCCUCCAUGCGUGUGAUAUGUGUGGCCGGGCGUUUGCCAAAAAGGUCUACCUCGAGACACACAGACGGAGACAUAGGACCGCCAUCACAAGUGGGGACAAACUUCAAGGAAGAAGCACUCGAUCAAAGGCCCUUAUUUGACUGUUGUUUCUCUGAAUACGUAGCACAUUUGCACUGGAUUCCAUGGAUAGGUUUGUCUCCAUGUGAAAGAAGAGGAGGUGAAAUGGACAGGCUUAAGGGUUAGUACGCAGAGGAUGUCCUUUGCAUAAAGGGGUUGUUUUAAAUGAGAAUGAACUGCACCAAAAAGGUCCUUCCAGGUUUGUACUCUGGAGGGCGCUGUUACAAAAGUAAUUUUCUCCACCCUCCAAUAUGAGAUUUAUCUUCAGUUGAUGUUCAAAAUCAGUUGUUAUGACUGACAUUAAGUUAUUAUUGGGGUUGACAACUUGUUAAACAUCUUUAACAACUUUUAAAAUGAAUUUGAAUUAACUUGUAUACUGAUUAUACCACAGUUUUUUUCAUUCUCUCAGACAGUCUAAAAAACAAAACGAAUGUUUCAUAAAUGAGCUCAGUUGUUCCAGUGUAAAUGGUGUGGCUUUGUACAACUUCCUUGAAAUGUACAGCAUGUCUAACUAAUGUUAAAUAUUAUUUAGUUAAUGUAACUGCUUCAUAUUUUUCUGCCUGGCGAUCACUUGUCUAAUCAACUUUGGAUUGAAAUGCUGCUACUUCAUUAGUAAUGUUUGAAAUGUACUCUUGUAUUUCUUCUACCCUUUAAUUCAAAGCCUACAUAUUAAGCUGUUCAGGAUGUGUCUUAAUUUAGAACAAAGAUUUUCUUUUCAUGUUUCUAUAAACAGAUAAAACUUUGUGUUAUUCUUCACUUAAAGGUUGCAACUGUGACUGAAAAGAAAUAGAAUUCUACUGUAUUUGUUUAGUUUUGUAGCCUACUAUUAACUAUAGCUAACCAGAAAAUAAGUUUCAAGUUUCAGUAGAUGGCUCUCAUCUUUGCUUUCAUGAACUAAUAGUUAAAAUGAAGUAACUGGCUUUGAAGCAAGUACAAUUUCUUUUAUUUGGAGUGCAUGCGGAAUGCUUUACACACUUUGCUUAUGUGUACAAGCGCUUGUUUUGAAAUGCCAAAACCUAGAUCCACUCUGAAGGCGCACACUCCUUUUUAUUUGCAAAAGUAUAUACUUGCUUGCAGUAGGAUGAUUUUUUUUGUUCAAAUAAACAUAA